GCUUUGCUCAGUGCUAAUGAAAAAUCGAAUUUUUCCCUAACCGACUAAAGUUAAAACGGGCAAAGUAUCACAGAAGUUACACUCAAGCAGUUGCACAGCAUGCAAUAAGUAAAUACCGAAGAGCUGUAAUGUCACAAAAAGAAUUGGCGGCGCUUGUCGCCACAAGAACAAGCCGCAAGCGCACAGUGCCCUCGGCCACAUCUCCAAUGUCCACUCGCUCGGAACCGAGAUCCAUCAUAGAGAUACACAUAUCCAACGACUCCUCCUCCACAAAGAGAGCAUGCCGGGAUGUGGAGAAUCCAAAUUUGAGGGUGGAUCAGGCUCAGCAGCAGGAAGAAGAUAACAUGGGCCAUGUGCCCCCGCUGACUGAAGAAGAGCAGCAACGGCACAAUGAGUUUCGGACCAGUGGAUCGAUAUUUUUGCAAGAUUUGCCCUGCUUUAAGCUGCAGCAAGCACAGCCAGCAGGAGGCUCCUCACCGAUUCCCAAGUGUCGGGAGUGCCGAAGGAGAAGUGUAGUUCCCAAAGAGGGUGAAACUGUCGUCGGCCACGAUGUGUAUUGCCGCUUCUAUGAAUUUCGACGCCUUCAGUUUAAUGAGAAUGGAGAGUUGGGCGUGGUUGGAUUCCCGAAUCCCUACAGCGAGCCCACACCGGAGGACACUGCAAUUUGGCAGCCAGAUGGAAGUACGGCCCCGACCAGCGGUUAUAUGGAUAUACAGGUCUGCAGGUACAUCCUGCUCCAUGCUGGCGAUCAGUUUUGUUAUUUGUGGCGUCAGGAGGCAGAGGCUUUGAGAUUGCAUCAGAAUCCGGACGGCACCAUCGCUUGGAAGAAGGCCGUUAAGGGCACCCGAGAGAUUUGCGACGUGUGUGACACCACGCUGUUUAACUAUCACUGGACAUGUCGCAAGUGUGGCUUUGGAGUGUGCCUGGAUUGCUUUAAGGAUCGGAAGGAGGGACUGCGACUGCGACGCGUGGAGACUGCUACGCAAAAGGGAUGCGACGAGUAUCACUGGCUCCUCUGCACCGAUCCCAGUGGCCCCCAAGAGCACUCCCUCACCGAGCUGAUGCUUACCCAGAUCAUAGCCGGAGAUGCCCUGAACGUCUUGGGCAGACUGUUGCAUGAGAUUCGGACUUUGUGGCAGGUGCCACAGGUGUGCGGUUGUCUGCUGAGCAAGCAGGCGGUGGAAGACGCUCAAUUAAACGAGCUGAUCCAGGAUAUGAUUAAGGAGUCCCAGUUAAAGCAGCACACCAGUUUUUCCUCGCUGGCUUCCGAGCAGAAGCUGCACCAGCAGCAGCGCCUAGAACAAUUGCACGCCAAGAAGUUGGAGUUCGCCAGAGAGCGGGGCAUAGAUUAUGUGCCAGGACGAGUUUGGACCAAGGAAACCUUGGGAAAGGAUCCCAUAACCACGGCUUUUGACAAUUUUAAACACAUUAAUUUUCUGAGGAAGGGAUUGGCCGGUUUAAGGAGGUUUCUUCCACCCAGAGCCAUGACUUUGGCUCACUCCACUCAGUUGGCACCCGGUGUUCCACACGAGUGGCUCUGCGAUGGCAAGCUACUGCGCCUCACUGACGCCAUGCAUCCGGAUAAUCGAGUCCUUUACCAGGAGGUGUGGAAAUGCGGCCAGCCGGUGAUGAUUUCGGAGGUGGCUCGCUCUUUGAACUUGGAUCUCUGGCAUCCGCAGGCCUUCUGCCGCGACUUUGGCGACAAGCCCAAUGAUCUAAUCAAUUGCCUAAAUGGAAAUCUGGUGCCCAAUCAGCCGAUGCGUCACUUCUGGGAGGGAUUUCAGUGUAUGAACAAGCGUCUGCUAGAUGCCAAUGGCAAGCCCAUGCUCUUGAAACUUAAAGAUUGGCCGCCGGGUGACGAUUUUGCCGAGAUACUACCCACCAGGUUCGCGGAUCUGAUGAGGGGACUGCCCAUGCCGGAGUACACACUGCGAACGGGAAACCUGAACAUUGCUAGCUGUCUGCCAAAAAUGUUUGUCCCACCAGAUUUGGGGCCUAAGAUGUACAAUGCAUACGGAUCGGCUUUGCAUCCGGACAAGGGCACAACCAAUCUGCAUUUGGACAUUUCGGAUGCAGUCAACAUAAUGGUUUAUGUGGGAAUCCCCCAGGACGGGGAUACUAAGCCGCAGCUAGCGGCCACGCAGAAAGCUAUUGCUCUCGGUGGAUGCGACUAUAUUACAAGAGCUCGUUGCCAAUCGCCAGAUGUCUUGCCCGGAGCUUUGUGGCACAUAUUUCCGGCUCGCGAUGCAGACAAAAUAAGGGACUUGCUGAACCGUGUGACCCUAGAGAAGGGUUUUCGCCUGGAGCCCGAUCACGAUCCCAUUCAUGAUCAAAAUUGGUAUCUGGACGACAAGUUACGUGCCCGUUUGUUUAAGGAAUAUGGAGUUGAGGGACAUCCGAUUGUUCAGUGCUUGGGGGAUGCAGUCUUUAUACCGGCUGGCGCACCUCAUCAAGUUCAGAAUCUGCACAACUGCAUCAAGGUGGCUGAGGACUUUGUUUCGCCGGAGAACAUAACUCACUGCUACCAUCUCACCCAUGAGUUCAGAAGACUCUCACACUCCCACACCAAUCACGAGGAUAAGCUGCAGAUCAAGAAUAUCAUCUACCAUGCCAUUAAGGACUGCUGCACAAUCCUGACCAGGGCUUUGGACGAGCGCAUAGAUGCGGAAAUGGCCAAGCUUAAAGCGGAUUAGAUUGCAUAAAUACAUUUCAUGUCUUUUUUGUUUUUUCUUUAGUUUCAAACUUUUACCGUUUAAGAUUUUAAUUUGUCAAAAAUUCAAUAAAUUCUUACUUAGAAACAA